ACUGCGGACGUUACUUGCGUCUUUUCGCGCGCAAAAGAAAAAAAAUAACACAAACGUCAAUGCGUUCGAAUACUUUUACUGAAAAAUCAUUUGUGAAUUAUAUACAGCUUUUUUAUUGUGAUUUUAAAAGACAGUGGUAGUGUUAAUAUGGCAUUUAAGUGUUAUAUUCGUGUUGUUUUUAUUUUGGCCGUGCUACAGUUUUUAGUAAUAUCACACGCGUAUAGUCCGAGAGAAUGUGGUGUUCCUCUGAGGAGGCACACGAGGCAGCCGCGCGAGCGUUCAGCAGGGCAGCUCCGAAUUAUCAAGGGGAGGGAAUCGAAGCGCGGCGCUUGGCCGUGGCAGGUUUCUCUCCAACUGCUUCACCCGAACUACGGUCUCAUAGGGCACUGGUGUGGAGGAGUUCUGAUCCAUCCGCAAUGGCUAUUAACGACCGCACACUGCAUCCAUAAUGAACUCUUCAACCUACCAGUGCCAGCUCUGUGGACUGCUGUCUUGGGCGAGUGGGAUCGAGCUGAACAGCGAGGGUCUUACCUUCCUAUCGAGAGGAUCGUCCUCCACCAGAGGUUUCAUAAUUACCAGCACGAUAUAGCUCUUAUGAAAAUGAUCAAGGCAGCUGACGUCAGCGCUGGAAGUCGGAUACGCACAAUCUGCCUUCCUUCAUACGAAUUACCAAUCAAUCACAAUACAGAAAGAAGCACAUCAUUCUUCAAGAAACCAGAUGAAAUGAGAAGAAAACCAAAACCCCCCCGACCAAAUCCAGAUACAGCUGUGAAAUAUUUGGAAAAACUCAACAAUCUAACUAAAACCGUAUUCUCAGGUGUAAUAAAUAAAAAACAUAAGAACACAAGAUACAACGUGAGAGUGUCAAACGAAUCAAACAGACCGACGGAGAGAAAAAAUGACGAAGAAAUAAAUGAGUAUGAAACAGCAAAUAAAGUCAAAGAUUUAGCUUACGACAGCGCUUCGUUGGAUAGCGUCGUUAAACUCAUCAAAACUAAAGCCGCUAGAGAUAAAAUUAAAGACAGUAUUAAUAGAAGUGAUAAAAAACUUAUGUACGGCGAAGAAAUAGAUCCGUUUAUCGAUGAUAAUAAUGGUUUAGAUUUCAAAGAUGAGUGCUAUGCGACGGGGUGGGGACGAGAACAGACCAACGGCACUUUAACGGAUGUUCUGUUGGAAGCUGAGGUGCCUGUCUUGCCGCUACAGCUUUGUAGGGAUAGAUAUUCAUUGAGUUUACCUUUGAACGAUGGACAUUUAUGUGCUGGUAGCACAGAUGGCAGUACGGGUGCUUGUGUGGGCGACAGUGGGGGCCCACUCCAGUGCAGAUCAGGUGGUCGCUGGGAGCUCCGAGGCUUGACAUCCUUCGGCUCAGGAUGUGCUAGAAUGGGUGUUCCAGAUGUCUACACGAAUGUUGGACAUUACGUAUCAUGGAUUUACGCACAUAUUUAUGCCAGUUGAAAUUUGAUCGGCAUUCAACCUUCGAAUUGACCACGGACAUUUAGACCGAAUAUUUCAUGAGGGUUUUUGAAGUCAUUAAAAAAAUCAACAGAGAUGUUUUGCUCAAAACUUUAAAGUCUUUUUAAUUAUUAAAAAAGAGAUUAAAUGAAAAGAUCAAAGUUAAUUAUGUCAAUUAUAUGAAUACCUUAAAUUAUCAGUAUUGAGGGAAUACAAAUUGUUGACAAGACAUGGUGCAUUCAUCAUGGCUAUAAUAAAAAAAAGCUUAUUUAUGAUAUAAGUAGGCAAAUGGGCACAUUGGCGGCCUUUUGAUUAGUGGUCAUCAACGCCAACAUUGGUGGGCUAAUACGCCACCAACCUUGGGAAUUAAUAUGUAAUGUCUUGUGUCUGUUACACUAGCUCAUUCAUUAUUCAAACUGGAAUAUAGCGCUAACACCUGGUGGUGGUACUUAUCCAGACGGGCUUGCAUAAAAGCCCUGCCACCAAGAUUACAUUUAUUACUAUUAGCUUAGGUGUAUUAUGUUCUUGUGAUUUAAUAGCAUUUUAUCAGUGGUUUAAAUUUACUGUAUAUUUUUUAUUAUUUUAACACCAACGUUUCAAUUCGAGGCAUUUUUAAAUCAGUUUAACAUAAACAAGAGAAUGUAUUAAAUAUUUUAUUUCUAACAUAGUAUACUAGCCGGAAAUAUCAGAUGGCCCAUUCAGUCUUCUUUGUAAAUAACUAUAAAAAUAAAAAUACGACACGUGCAUUAAUACAGUCCGCCAGUCAGCCUGGCAGUGUUAAUUUUUUUUUGGCAAAAAAAAUUGUAGAAUAUAUUUUGAUUAUGUUAAUUUUUUGCCGUAAUCAUUUAUGUAACUGCGUUUGGUUGUAAAGUUGAUUCAUAGUGAUUAACGUACGAACGAGACACGCAAAAAAACGAAUUUGCGGUCUUUAAUUUGCUUGAAAUGUUAAACUGGAAUUUACACAAUACGAUAUAUUUUUUUCUUACUGGAUUUAAUAGUCGCACGUGUAAUGUUAUAUAGCAUAUUACAAGAAUAAAUAUUACAAAUUAUUAACCAAUAAUAAUAAAUUAUAUUUAUAUGAACAUGCUUUUAUCAGUGAAACGAGUGUGAAGAGUUCUACUCCGUCAUGAUGAUGAUGUACCCGUUUGUUAUAUUUUCAUUCGAAUUACUUGUAAUAAAAUCAGUGAGAUGAUAUUAGGUAUACACUGAUAUCGAUUUCAAAUAAACAAAAUAUUCUCACGAAACUUCCUAUCGUCAUGUUGCAGUGUUUAAUUAAAUAUAGUUUUUACUGUAAAGAACCAAUAAAAAACUCACUAUGUUAAUUAAAGACAAUUAAAUUUAUUAUUUAUAUAUAACAAGAUUUAAUUUUAUACUUACUAUGUUAUUUAUAUAAAACUUGUGCAAAUUUGUAAAUACAAUUCAGUAGCCUCUUGCUGAAAGGUCCAAUAUAAAUAACCAUUAUUUUUUAUUAUCAAGGAGAAACAAUGAACAGAAGUUGGUUUGUUUUAAGAUAUUUCAUUUGGCCUAUUUAAAAAAUCA